AUGGAACGACGAUCCCCUAACAGCAGUGAUGAGUCAACUCAAUCAACCGUCAGCUCAAUAGUGAGAAACGCUCAAAUUGUGCAACGCUUUCUUGAUGCCACUGAACUUGCAAUGAUGCCUGACUCUACCAUCCUUGAACGAUCAUUCAGCUUGAAGUCAGUUAUCUCUACCACAUCCUCGUUUAGUCGGCGUUUCCAGGAAGCACGGUCUCGGCCAGAUUUACAGGACAUUCAUCAGAUUGGUAUAGGAUUACAGGGCGUCGUGUUCGAACAAGUUGGCAAGGAUUCUGUGUUCAAGAAAGAAAAACCCGGCAAUGAAAGUCGACCAUCCAACUUACGCCAUGAGUACAAAAUCCACCUCAAUGUCUCAGCAGCUUUUGAACGCUACCAGAGGAUGGCAAAGAUUGAAGUCACUAUUCCUAAGCCCAUUGAGUACAUACAAACAGCACAGCAAAGCUCAUUCUGGGAUGACGUUUUCCCGAAGAUACCUCUCGAAUACCGCACACGCGGCGACAUCAUGAAGAUGCAGCGAAUCCUUCCGUUACCUAAGAUUGUCCGGCGAGCUUUGAUUGCUCAUUUGUGUGGACAAGAACGGUAUCUCGAAACCCCCGAGACCAAAGGCCUCCUUGAUAACCCUCAGAACAAACAUUGCCUCACACGGAUCUACCUCGGCAAGGCCAACGGCCCGUAUCACCCUGAAGCACCUCUGAGAAACUUCCCUCUCUAUCUUGGCACCAUGAAAAAACUUGGAAUCGAAACGACCAGGCUGGCAACUGCGAUGGGAAAGUCCUAUGCAACCCUACAUUGGGGCUCUGGUGUCAACGGUGAUGAUGUCGAGUUUGUAUUUGGGACAUUCGCCUUGGAGAUGCGUAAAGGUCAGUUAAGACCGGACUUCCAACGACGUGCGAUUGGACUUUUCCUCCUGGACUUCGGUCAGUGCGAGUCGGUUGACCUAAGCGAGAAUCCUCAAACAGUUUACCAGGCGUUCAAGGGCGCAAUGGUAAUGGGUGAUAAUCAAAGUUUUAUUCCGCACCUCUCAAACGACCCUGAACUGUUUGCAGCAUUUAAGAAGGGCUACAUUGAGGUAGGAAAUGUUAUCCUGUUGGACAAGCGGCUCAAUGAUGCUUUCAGUGUGGAGGAUUUUAUGCAGCAGUAUGAAGAGUAUGCUGCGGACUUUCUGUGUUAA